GGAGCUUGGCCGGCAGGAAGAGGGAGAAAACAGGCUGCAGUUUGUGCGUGCUAAAUCAGAUCUGGGCUGGGUGCGUCUGCGUCUGCGGCUAUUCGCCUUUUACACACGUCCGAGCGUUCAGAGGUCACCAUGUUGAUGCUGGCUGGAAUAGUUGUUGUGCAUCUCACCGCCAUUAUCCUGCUCCUGGUGGCAGCCAUUGAUAAUGCCUGGUGGUUGACUGAGACCGUGUCGACUGACCUGUGGGGAAGGUGGGAGCUGGUCAACUCGGCCUGGCAUUACACCAACCUGAAGGACUUUCCCGAGGAAUACCUCCAGGCGGUGCAGGCCACUUCAGUGCUGGCGUGCAUCUUCUCCAUCCUGGCCCUGCUGGUGUUUGUGGCCCAGCUCUUCACUCUGCCCAAAGGCCAGCGCUUCACCUACACAGGAGUGUUGCAGCUGCUGGCCUGUCUUUGUAUAAUGAUAGCGGCCUCCAUCUACAGCGCAGAGUUCCACCAGGGCGAAGAGGGAGGAUUCGGACACUCCUACAUCUUGGCCUGGAUCUCCUUCGUCCUCACGCUGCUCCUCGCCAUCACCUAUCUGGUCCUGCGGAAGAAGAGCGAGUAAGAGGGGCCGCGUCUCACGUUCCUUCUUUCUUGGGACGUUCAACAAGUGUCCUCCAUGUUGGCGAACACGAGUGGGAACUUAUAUUUCCACGCAUAAUAAGCUUCACUUACACUUCUUAUUCAUUGAGUCUUCCCUCCUUUUAAGUUGGCGGUUUAGAGCUUAGCUAAAGUGGCUACUUUGACAACCAGCUAAUGACAUUUUUUAUAAAUCAAGUUGUAUUAGCAAGUUACAAUGACGUGGCGCCAUGUUUAGAAACAGUCCUAUGCUAGUUAGCUUAGCAUCAACGAAGCUAGCUGCUAGUUAGCUUAUCAUCAACGAAGCUAGCCGCUAGUUAGCUUAUCAUCAACGAAACUAGCAGCUAGUUAGCUUAGCAUCAAUGAAGCUAACAGCUAGUUAGCUUAGCAUCAACAAAGCUAGCAGCUAGUUAGCUAAGCAUCAAAGAAGUUAGUUAGCUUAGCAUCAACAAAUCUAUCAGCUAGUUAGCUUAGCAUCAAUGAAGCUAGCAGCUAGUUAACUUAGCAUCAACAAAUCUAUCAGCUAGUUAGCUUAGCAUCAACAAAGCUAGCAGCUAGUUAGCUUAGCAUCAACGAAUCUAGCAGCUAGUUAACUUAGCAUCAACAAACCUAGCAGCAAGUUAACAUAGCAUCAACGAAGCUAGCAGCUAGUUAGCUUAGCAUCAACGAAUCUAUCAGCUAGUUAGCUUAGCAUCAAUGAAGCUAGCAGCUAGUUAGCUUAGCAUAAACAAAGCUAACAGCUAGUUAGCUUAGCAUCAACAAAGCUAGAAGCUAGUUAGCUUAGCAUCAACAAAUCUAGCAGCUAGUUAACAUAGCAUCAACAAAGCUAGCAGCUAGUUAGCUUAGCAUCAAUGAAGCUAUCAGCUAGUUAGCUAAGCAUCAAUGAAGCUAGCAGCAAGUUAACAUAGCAUCAACAAAUCUAGCAGCUAGGUAACAUAGCAUCAGCGAAGCUAGCAGCUAGUUAACUUAGCAUCAAUUAAUCUAGCAGCUAGUUAACGUAGCAUCAGCUAGUUAGCAUAGCAUCAACAAAUCUAGCAGCUAGUUAACUUAGCAUCAACGAAUCUAGCAGCUAGUUAACAUAGCAUCAACGAAGCUAGCAGCUAGGUAGCUUAGCAUCAACGAAUCUAUCAGCUAGUUAGCUUAGCAUAAAUGAAGCUAGUUAGCUUAGCAUCAACAAAGCUAGCUAGCUUAGCAUCAACGAAUCUAGCAGCUAGUUAGCUUAGCAUAAACUAAUCUAGCAGCUAGUUAGCUUAGCAUCAACGAAGCGAGCAGCGAGUUAGCUUAGCAUCAAUUAAGCUAGAAGCUAGUUAGUUUAGCAUCAACGAAGUUCGCAGCUAGCUAGCUUAGCAUGGACAAAAUCUGGGAGAAAUGUUUGCUCGACAUUUGUUUUGCUUUUGGAUUUUAGAGUUUACACAGAUUGAAUGUUUAGGGAGGUCUUUUAAAUAAAUGUUAUCGUUUCAGUGCUAAGCUAAUCCAAAAUGAAGCUUCAUAGUUACGCCAGUGUAGUGUCGGCCAUUUUGGAAAAAAGCCUCCAGUGAAAAGAAAUAAAAGCGCUUUUGUUAUCGUGAAUCUAACAUAACACUACAACUUCCUAAGUUUUUUUUUAAUUCAAGUAUCUUUAUUCUAUGAAGUAUCCCCCUUGUAUCCAUGUACAUUGCUACCAUUAUAUUUUUGUAACUUUUUUUUUUUGAAUGAAUUGUGUUUGUAGUCAGCUGCUAUCCUAAAAAAGUACUUAGUACAAGUGAAGCAGCAAUGUUUCAUUUGACCUUUUUCGAAACUAUGAAUUAGACGGUUUGUAAUGACAUUGGAGUUGAAGCCAUAUGCUAUAUCAAUAAAACAACUUGUAACUAAGAA